AUGGAUGACUCUCGUUACAAGCUCGUCGACAGCCUCUACGGGCCUGGCACGGUGGGGGCCUGGCUGUUGACUCUCUGUGCGGUUUCUAUCAGUUGGACUUUCAACAAAUCGUCUCGACACAAAGACACUAUUUCCGUCGACUUCGUUGCGGCGCUGUUGCUACCACUGAUCGCCGCUGGUCACCUUGUCUUUCUACUCAUACGGCUGCCAGUCUCCCUCGCCGAGAUAAUAACUGCCCGUGCCGUUGAGUUGCAACAGUAUGAAUCCGCAAUAGAAGCACCAUUGAAUAUAUGCGAGACUUUCUCUGUGGUCGCCCUGUUCUGGGCUAUAUUGUGUGGACCAUGGUGGCAUAACAUAAUGAAAUUGAAACGCCUAGGCCUGGUUGUUAUAACAGGGUUAUUCAGCUGGGCCAUGGAAAAUGUGAUGUUUGCGAUGGCGACUAUGAAGGGCAUUAAUGCCAGGGAAACAACAUUGAGUCGACCUUAUCUAUUUCUCGUGACUACCAUUGUCGCCAGCACUUGGGCUUGUUUGGUAAUAUGUGUUUUGGUGGGCAGUUUGACCUGGGUCAUUAGUUCUAUAAAUGCGCGGAGAGCUCAGAAUAAGGAUGGACGCCAGGAUACUGCCGACGAAAAACGCACAGAGUGGAUUAUGAGUAUUGCUCACUUGAAAGCUUCCAAGAAGGAGUCAAAUAAUCUCACCCAAGAGGCCAUAGAUCACAUGAAUGCACAACUAGAACGCGCGACGCAGACUUCCGACCGACAUUCUGAGAUACGAUUUCGGAGUCUUGAGAUGAUGACGUUUGUUGGUCUGUUCUUCGCACCGUUGUCGGCAAUCUUGUCUUUAAUAUCCACUUUUGACUCAUUUUCUGCAAUGAGAAAGAAUUCAUCGGCUCUCUAUUCUGGCCGAUUCCUUCUAAUACCGCAGUCGGACGUGUCGAUGAGCAAUCUUGAUCAGAUUGCAGCUUUAGUUGGAGGUGUUAUUGUUCUGUUGGCCGCGAUCCGAAGUGCUUAUCAUUCAAAGGAAGACAACAAAAGUGCAUCGCCAAGUAUAACAAGACGGCAAUCUAUAUAG